UAAACACACCACCAUCCACCCCCUACCCAAUCCCAUCCAGAACAGUGAACACCGACUAGUUCACCGUUACAUCCACAAUGGCUACCUACACUUCCUCAGACCCGCAAGUAAACCAGGAGCCGACACUCGUGAGCAAGUUCAAAACCUGGGACAAGCUCUUCGAAUCCGACGCACCGCCGCGCCUGGGGCUACACGUUCGCGAACGGGUCCACUACACAGCAGUAGCAGCUUUCCUGUCAGGCAUAACGAUCGGAGUUCCGCACGGGGCCAAAAAGGCAGCAUAUCUCUUCCGAGCCGAAAACGCCCAUCGGGUUCCCAGUUCACCCAGCGGGUGGUUCCAGUACCACAAAUGGAAGAACUACGCGAUCGGCAGCCGGGGCCUGGCGGAGGGCUUGAAGCUGGGAAGCGGACUGGCAGUCGGGGCGGUUGCAUUUUCGCUGUUUGAGGAGACGGUCGACUAUGCGCGGAAUGAUCGCAGGGAUUUCUUGUCUACUGUUACGGCUGGGUUGUCGUUUUCGGGGAUUUAUAGUUUGUUGAAACGACACGAUGUUUUCACCGCUGCGCGGACGGCCAAACUGGGUUUGAAGCUGAGUCUCAUCUACGGACUGCUGCAGGAUACGCUAGAGACUUUCAAGGGGAACCCACCGGCCUAUGUUGAGUUUAUUACGGGGAAGCGUCGAUCCAAAGAGUAACGGGCAUUGGAGAAAGGAUCAACAAUCAUACGCGGCUACUGCGCCCCGCGCCAUCCAGGGAUCGAAUAUCCCCUCCAGUAUCGCCCGACCUCAAACGCAUGAAAUGGAAGGACCGUGCUCCAGCCGGAUAAUGGCUUGUUAAUUGACAACGGCAUACCUGGAAGCUCGGGCUAUUCCCAGCCGACUUAUCACCAUUUCGCCCCUUCUCUCUGUCUACGGUCUGAAUUCCGCGGCUCGAAGACAAAUGGUACCCGAGAUGGGAUACAUCAACGACCCCGUGGGACUCGGGAUGCGACACUGCAGAAUGGACCACGACAAUCCAGUGAACUGCCCGAAUGGGGCGCACUGUUUGACAAGAUGGCUAGCAUAUCCUAGUUCACGGGAAACAUGUACAUAAUAUCUUCAAUCGUCCAACGGACGACACUCAUACCAAUGCCGUGUGUCGUCACGUGUCUAUAUCUAGCUGUCGUGGAUACUAUG